CGUUUAUGUUAUGAAACCAUCAGAAUCAAGUUAAAAAUAUUAAUCAAUCGGAGACGGAGGAACAACCAACCAGAUCACAACAAUGUCUAUCAAAGUGGGUGGAACGUUCAGCCGGUCCGGAGGAAUCGUUUCGGCCAUCGGCAAGCAGUUGAAGUUGAUCAACCUGAAGGCGGUUCAGCGAAUUACGGUCACAUUCGAUCCGUUUCAGGAAAAUGCCUGUCCCACUAGAGAAUUCCUCCACCACCUCUCGACGCCUAGGAUCUCUCAAAGCAAUCCAUCUUGCUUGCUAAAAUCGGAAGUGGUGUGCGACCGGAGGUCACCGUCCGUCGUUUUCCAGUUGAUUCCUUCCGUGCAAGCUGAAGCCAAACUGAAGAAGAUUGAAUUCAACAGUGCAAACCUGUCUACGCUAGAACUGCUGCAGCUCUGCAACAAGCACGUUUCCAGCCUAGCACCGAAGGAAAUCAUUUCCAGUGGCCUCAAGACCAAGUCGGAGAAGAAGGCUGGUGGUACCAAGCGACGAUAGGGCCAGUAAAUUAAGUUUGUUUGUUAUUAUCCAGUAGAAAGUUAGUAGCCUAGAAAUGCCGGAGAAAAAGCUAAAAGGUGGUCACAUGGCCAUCAUCGAGAACUGGUACCAUCAGAUUCCCGCCUUUACCGAU